GCAGGGAGAAGUCAAAAUCCAGUCAACAAAUCUAUUGCUGCAGCUUCAACCAACGGGUCCUUCACUUCCUCAAACGUCCUCCAUCAUCAUCCCAACAUUUUCCUCCGACCGUUACAUGCACCAUGGCUUCUGCACCUUCCAACCUCUGUCCCCUAAGGAAGCUCUCGAGGAAGACCUAAUACUAGAGUCCAUCGCUUGGCCUGAGACUCCCCCUUUGCCAUCUCCUCUGUCCCUAGAAGUUACCAGCGAUCCAGUCCACAGCAGCUUCACUAUUCUCCCAAGGAGUGCUGGGGGACAGUGGUACGUAGGGGAUUCGCUUGAGGUUACGAUCAAAAUGUAUGAUUACCAGGGUCGCCCCAAGAAGUCUGGAGGGGACGUCUUGUUUGCCCGGCUGCACAACGCCGCUCUCGGUGCAGGUGUGGCAGGCCAAGUGGUUGAUCAUCUCAACGGCUGCUAUUCCGCUGUAUUCUCUUUACUCUGGGAAGGACAUGCACAAGUUGAGGUGACACUGGUUCACCCCAGCGAGGCAGUCACGGUGCUGCGCAGGCUAACCGCUGAACAGCCCGACAGAAUUAACUUCAAAAGCCUGUUCCGCUCAAGCCUGGUAACUGAAACUGCCACCUGUAACGUAUGUCUGCGUCCAACCCAGCAGCCACUGUGCAACUACACCAACCUCCACACCGGUGACCCAUGGUUCUGCUACAAGCCAAAGAACUUCAGCUGCAAUGACAGAAUCAACCACUCCCAUGGAAAAUUCAAUCAAAACCUAAAGACCAACGAGGAGAUGCUCUUUCAAGAUGGUGUCAACAUGAAAGUCUCCAUUCGAGCUUCAGGACCUGCCAAUAUCACUGUGUUCCAAAAAAACAAAGAUCAACCUGAAGUGAAGAGCCUCAAAGUCAAGUCUGGGCCCUCUGGCUACUACUACCAGCAUGUGUGGCGAGCACUAGGUGGCACCACAGUUCACCACUUCAACACGUCGUCAGCCAUCAGUCAGUGUCUGGAGGGAAGGGCUGUCCACCUGUAUGGAGACUCCACCAUCAGGCAGUGGUUUGAGCACCUCAUCAAAGCACUGCCAGAUCUAAAGCAGUUUGACCUGCACAGCCAGAAGCAAGCUGGUCCUUUCUUGGCCCUGGACUAUGCAAAAAACAUUAUGGUGACGUACCGGUGUCAUGGUCCUCCUAUUCGUUUUGGCAACGUCCCAACCAGCGAGCUGCGUUAUAUCGCCAAUGAACUGGAUGGUAUACCUGGAGGCCCCAACACUGUCAUAGUUAUUGGAAUCUGGUCACACUUCAGCACUUUCCCUGUAGAAAUCUAUAUCCGGCGGCUGCAGAGCAUCCGUGGGGCGGUGAUGCGGCUGCUGGCCAGGGCUCCAGGCACGCUGGUGGUGAUCAGGGCUGCAAACCCCAAAGCUUUGACGCUCUACGAGACGCUGACCAACAGCGACUGGUACUCGUUGCAACGUGACAAGGUGCUCAGAGCCGUGUUCAAAGGAUUGAAUAUUCAUCUGGUGGAUGCCUGGGAGAUGGGAUUGGCCCACCACCUGCCACACAGCCUCCAUCCACAACCUCCCAUUAUCAAGAACAUGAUUGAUGUUCUCUUGUCCUAUAUAUGCCCUCAACUGCACUAAAGGUAUGCUAGGUUUAGGUAUUAACCAUGACUACUACCAAAUGACCAAGUUUGACACAUUCCAGGAGAUGCACGUGUAACCCAGAUGUAAAACAUCAUAAGACGAGAGAGAGAAGAGAGGGUGAUUAUUUUAUUAGUUUAUUUGCCCCUAUCCAAAGUUUAAAAAUUGUAAUUGCAACUGAAUGCACCGCCCUUCUUCCCAGCCAGUCAGGCGUAACACAGGCCAUGUCCAGCUCGUGCGAUGACGUGCGUCGUUUUCCCGGUCAAACUUUAGUCUCAGCCACAGAGUGAGGGCAGCCAUCAGCUUAGACAGAGACAGAGAAAGAAAAAGAGAGGAAUAAGAAUAAUCCUGAAAAAAAGAACAACAACAACAAAAAAGCCAGUACACUUACCCGCUGGAAGUCCGGAGCGAGCGAUUACCCAAAAGAGACGAGUCACGUCGGUAAGACAAGUUGAUUGUCUGGAAAUAAAAGCACUUACCGUCGUCAUCCAUGCUAAUGCUAGCUCUGUGGCUAACAGGCUAACUACCUACCUUCCAUUGGGAGAGCCGCUCGGUUCUAACAUCAGGUACUGGGCUUUGACAAACAUAGCAACGGUGAGAAACGUUAGCUGCUAAAAUGAUAUUUCUCUGUAGCACCUCAGCGCUUAAAGAGAACAGUGGAUAUAUUAAAGAUUAAUUUAAUUUAAAGGGAAAGAAAUUUGGUAAAUCAUAUGAUGAGGGUAACAUAUUUUAUUUUGUAAUGUGCAACCUACUGAAAGAAUUUAUUUAAUUUCAACUGUGACUUUAAAAUUACUUAGAGGGUAAUUUUUGGUGCAUGUUCUCUGGCAUGAAUAGGCCUAUAAGUGUUUGGAGUAAUUAAGCAUACUUCUUUUGAUAACUCUAAGACAACUUCUACUUUUCCAUUUCUAUGUUUCCAUCUCAUUUGCACAUGAUUUUGCUAUAGUAAUGAUUUAUCCUGAAUGUAAAUGGGUACUUACCGUGAAUAUUGUUGAGAUACUGUUCACAGAAACAGCUAGAUAUUUAAGCACUUAAAUGAUUAGUGCAUUUGAUGAAUGUUGUACAACUAAAAAAAAAAAAAAAACGAACAAAGAAUUGAAGUUUGAGAUCUGUUGAGAUUUAAGAUUAACAUAUGAGGUUAAAACAAUAUGUUGAUUUUUGUCAUUUAAAGAAUCCAAUGUAAAUUAUAUGACCUUGUAGGGGUGGGCGGUAUGACGAUAUUAAAUCUUGAACGAUUACAACGUGAAGACGAUCUGUCAAAUUGCAGAGAUCGUGAGAUCGUCGAGGGCACAUUCUAUAAAUUGCAGUUCUAUGCUGAUGCACCGUCGCACCAGACGUUUUACGUCGUCAACCUGACCGACCAGUCAUAGCGAAUUAUGAGUAGUUGCGCGCUUUCUUACCUGCCUCCUUGUUUAUGUGUGUAGCAAAAAUCCACUUCCAUUAUAUGGAACUGGUUUGGAUUUUCCUCAACUGAUGAAGCACAGGCAAAUGUUUUGUGCAAAGUUUGCACAGAACAUGUUCGCACGUCGGGUGGCAACACGACGAACCUGUUCAAUCAUUUGAAGAGGAAGCAUCCUAAAGAAUAUGCUGAGAGCCAAACAGCGAGGGGUCCGAUGGCACCGACACCGCAGGCGGAGGCAGCAGUUAGUGUAAGACCAAAACAAUCAACAUUAACACAGGCAUUUAACAAAGGCACUCCGUAUGACAAGUCAAGCAAGCGAUGGAAAGAGGUAACAGAAGCAGUUACCUUUUAUCUUGCAAAAGAUUUGGUACCGUUCAAGACGGCAGAAAACGAGGGGUUGAAAUGCCUUCUUAAAGUAGUUGACCCGCGGUAUGAGCUGCCCAGACGAAAAUACUUCUCCAACACUGCCAUGCCACGUCUCUUCUCUGAAUGCUGAGAAAAUAUUGUCUGUUUUUCAUUUUUCAAUUUAAGAUCGUGAUAAAAUCGAAAUCGCGAUUUUAUUUUUAAAAAAUCGUGAUAUGCUAUUUUUGCCAUAUCGCCACCCCUAUGACCUUGUGUAUAGGUCAGGUUUUUUGAGAGGGCGCAGAGAAUCUGAGGGACCAGGACCACAUUCUAGUUGUGACAGAUGGCGAGCCAACUACUUUGAGGAAGAACCACCACAAAGGAGAUACACACAUACACACUCACACCAUACAUUCACAUUACACCCCAUUGGACUUUUAAAAUCAGGUGCACCUGCAACAACUUUUAUUUCUAAGGGCCGCAACGGACACUUUUACUUUAUUUAUUGUGUGCAUACUUUUAUUUUGGGCAAU